AAAUGCCCUUAGGAUCUUUCCAGAGACUAAGUCCAGUUGUAAAAGACUUGAGUAGUGCAGCGGAAGUUUGAGGUAGUUGAACCCUUGUACUAGUAUAUGCGAACAAUGGAGACACUCGCGCGAUUCGAGAAGGACGUGAAGCGAACCGACACAGGGUUCUUGGCAAUAGCAACAGAGGCGGAGAACGACAGGGAGAGAACCUCGGAACCUCCAGGAACGAUCAAGGAAUUAUUGAAGGAGUUCCAAGAUAUUCUUCCGGAUGAUCUACCGAAUGAGCUACCGCCAUACCGAACGCAUCAACACGAGAUCGUGGAGGAACCAGGUUCGAAGCCGACCUUCCGAGCACCAUAUCGGCUCAGCCCUACGGAGCUGACCGACAUGAAAAAACAAAUCGAGUAUCUCCUAGCCAAAGGACUCAUCCGACCAUCCACUUCGCCGUAUGGUGCCCCAGUACUCUUCACACCGAAACCGGACGGAAGCCUGCGCAUGUGCAUCGACUACCGAGCUCUUAACAAGCAGACCAUCAAGAAUAAAUAUCCGAUACCGCGAAUCGAUGACCUACUUGACCAGCUUUGGGGAGCUACGGUAUUUUCCAAACUGGAUCUGCGGUCCGGAUACUGGCAGAUACGCAUGGCGGACAACUCUUUCCACAAAACUGCUUUCCGAACUCGGUAUGGAUCGUACGAGUAUUUGGUAAUGCCAUUCGGACUCACCAACGCACCGGCAUAAAUGGGAACAAGGAUUGGUAUUUGU